AUGAUAAGAGACAUGUAUCCACAAUUAUCAUUAGCUACUGAAAUAUUUUUAUGUGCACCAAUUAGUACAGCAACAGUAGAACGUGAUUUUAGUACAAUGAAUAGAAUAUUAACUGAUUUACGAUAUCGUUUAACAACAGAACAUUUAGAACAAUUAAUGAGAAUAUCAAUAGAAGGACCAUCUGAUUUAAAUAAUGAUCUAAAAGAUUUAAUUAUUGAUUGUCAUGAGAUGAAUGGAAAUUGGUAUUCGUGGUCAAUAGGUUCAACUCCAAACGAUUAUGUUUUGGCAUGGCGUCAUACUUAUAAUAUAUUAUUAAACAAAGGUAUAGAUGCAACAAGACUUCAAUGGGUUUGGAGUGUAAAUCGUAAGGACUAUGGUCAAUAUACUGCAGAAGAAUAUUGGGUUGGAGAAAAUUAUACACAUUGGCUAGGAAUUAAUGGAUUUAAUGGGGGCUCAAGUGCAAAUUGGAGUAAAUGGGAAUGGCCAAAUGAAAUUCUUGAUAAUAUGAUGGGUCGAUUACACAAGUUAUCAUCAACAAAACCGAUGUCCCUGAAUGCAUAUGCAACAGUCGGUGUACGAACAGGAAAUACUACAGAUGUGCAGUCAAAAAAUGAAUGGCUGCGCCAAAUGUGUGAUUAUAUAAAUAACAAUAACAUUAAAAUGGCAUCUUAUAAUAAUGUUGACGGACCUAACCAGGAUAAUAUGGUAUUUGGUGGUACACACGGUGAUGUAAUUUGGAAUAAUUUUAAGGCAUAUUCAGCCUAUAGAAAUUGUUUACAGUCUAAUGAUUGGAUAGAACCAAACAUUACUAAUCCAAGACUUAUUACUGAUGAACAAUUUGCUGAGAUGGCUCAACAAUUUUCACAAAAAUUCAAAAUGUUAUAA